AUGGGCGACGUGAACCUCCAGUGGUCCGGUGAAACCCCCAAUGAUCCUCUCAAAACUGGCAGCAACUCGAAUAAUUCGCAGUGGCCUUCUGAGAGUGACAGCGCCCAGCGGUUCUACGGAGACAACCAAUUUGUAAAACCAUUUUCCUACUCCAGUGAUGAGGUCUUCCGAUCACUGGGAAUAAGUACCAGUCUCUCUGAAGAUGCACUUUACGUCAUGUCCGCCUCAAAGCAGAACCCAAGCGAAACAUUUCCCCAGUUCUCCACUACCACCAGCACUCCUAUUAAGUCAGAACUGCAACCCGAAUUCGCGCAUACUCACCAAUACAUUGACCCUUGUCAGAGGCGCCAUUCAGAACAUGGUGAAUGGUCGCAAAAACGACUUCCACCAUCCACCAGUUAUGAAGCUAACUUUACCGGAGAGCGAAAGCCGCCCAGCGACAUAGGUCUACCCCUCAAUCCACAUAUGCCACCGAACUCGACAUCGUGUGACUACUUUCUGGAGUCGAGACAGCGGCGGGACCCCUACGCAGCCUCAGGAACACCACCGAGGGGGGAGUUCUCGCCACUGCCAAGCUACUUCAGUCUCUUCUCGGGUGGUGGAAAAGAGAGUGAUCCUCACUUUGGAAGUGCUCCAAUGCUCUACCCUCCAGUCAUGGACUCAGGUAGUCUGGGAGCGUUCGCUCAGUCCUCGAGCGGAUCGCAGCUGCCAACUCCCAACAGGCUGGAGCUGCAGCAGCAACAACAGCAACAGCAAUUCUGCCUUGUCUGUGGCGACAAUGCAGCCUGUCAGCAUUAUGGAGUGCGCACUUGCGAAGGGUGCAAGGGAUUCUUCAAGAGAACCAUUCAGAAGAAUGCUCACUAUGUGUGUCUACAGACGAAGAACUGUAUAGUUGACAAACGCCGAAGAAAUCGUUGCCAGUACUGCCGCUUUCAGAAAUGUCUUAAAGUAGGAAUGGUCAAGGAAGUUGUUCGCCGCGAUAGCCUGAAGGGUCGACGGGGCCGACUGUCAGCUAAGGCCCGCUGUCCCAUCGAUGGCGAAGGUGGUGGCACAGGAGACGUGGCACAUAAGGCCUUCACUGUGAGCGGCUCCUCAGCCGCCGGACAGGCCUUCACUUUGUCUGGGGAAAAGGGCCCACACCAGGGCGUCCUGUCCAGCAGCUAUGGCAGCGGAGGCGUUGCGGGAUCCACCAAUAACAGCGCAAGUUCAAUGACUCUCCUUUCGAUGCUGACUAAAGCCUAUGAGACCGUCGACUGCAGCCUCGAGGCAGCUCACCUUUUUAAGCACCCACCGGGAUCGAACUACCUCACGAAAGAACGCGAACAGCAGGGGUUUGAAAAGGAAGAGAACGCCCUUAUCCAAUUGGCUGUCAAGAACCUCGGAGAAUCGGUAGAAGUGAUACGUCAAUACGCUGACUUGGUGCCCGGCUUCUCAUCACUCUCGGAGGCGGAUCGAGAGAAAAUAAUCCUACUGCACUCAGCUGAUUUGAUCACCUUCCGCAUGGCUUUCAGAACGGCUAAAGCAGCGGCAGAACGAGCUCAGCUGAACCUAAUCCAUCCAAACACAUCACAACCGAACGCCUACUUUCGAUCUUCUACCUCGGCGGAUGUUAGCAGAACCCAGCAGCAGACGUCGACAAUAAUGCAGCAUCAACAAACAGGUCCUUUUCAAAGUGUGGAGAACCUGAGUGCGUGGCACACGCAGCCAGCGUCAUCGGAGUCAUCCUUCCGUCCAUUUCCACACACCCCCCCACUUACGCCCGCACCUCCAUCCUCCUGGCUUGGGGGUGGCAGCGGUGGUAGUGUCCCACGACCUGCCGACUUCGAGGCGGAGGAAGAAGAAGGCAACAUCACCGUCUGGGAGUUGGCACUCUCUACGCCUACAGAGCCAGUUUACAUCUUCGAGAACGGCUCCAUCAUGACCGACGAGGAGCUAAUUCGAGCAGGCCUUGGAUCCUGGAUCAGGGCCCUCACCUGGUUCGGCUGGCAACUGCUCGAACUUGCCAUGGGCGACCACAGCACAAUUGCUGGCCUCUCUGCCCUUGUACUCAUCAACUACCAGGCGCUUUCUGGGAGGUCGGAUUUAGAGAACUCUAGUGACAUCUACACAGUGCAUCAUAGAUUUGUGGAGAUGUUAAAAAGCCACUGCUGCUCUCCCACGAGUGCUGUGGCGAUUACCACUGGCUAUCCAGGUUGCUACGUCCCCGAGGCGGACCCCGCAGCAGCCACAGUCGCGACCGCCGCCACGACCACUACCAUGGUGCCGCCUGCGCGAGCCGACUCGACGUACUUCUCACAGGUCUUCAAGAAGAAGGACACGGUACACUGGAUCGCAAGCCAGCUACUUCUGCAGCCGCUGCAGCGCCUCCAUGCCAGCGGACGUCUGCCCUCAGCGCCAGAGUGUGGCUGGCUCAACACCCUCGUGAGCCUGCUCAACUCCAACUGCAACCAGUCGCAGACCUCUCCUCCCUGCAGCUAG